AUGUCUGGCUUUGGUUUGGAUAGUCUUGUGGUUGGGAGUGCAGACCCAAAACGGAAGGCCCUUCUGAAAGGGCCACAGUCCCGCAACUGGACCUCAUUUAUUGAAGCUAUCACCGCGGACGGCCGUGUCCUUACCCCUGGCAUUAUCUUUAAGGGCAAAGAGCUUCAGAAACAGUGGUUCUUGACGGAAUUCGGCAAAAUAGCCGACUGGCAUUACAUAACGUCGCCCAACGGAUGGACGGACAACCAUAUCGCUAUUGAACUGAUCAUAUUAGAUGGACAUGGAAGUCAUGCAACGGAUGCAUGGAUGGCCACAUGCUUUUGA